AUGUUCAGUACCUCUUUUCGCUGCUAUGGAACUCACAAGUCCCGAAAGGGGAAAAUCCAACAAGAAUUCGCUGACAGUGGGAAGCUUGUCAACGAUGAGGGUCACAAACCACAAUUCAGCUCCUUUGCCAAUUCAUGCCUUAAAGCGGGACUGGUAAGAACAAUGAUGGCGGUCGCACGAGAGGAGUGGUCGACUCCAGAUGUACCGAACGCACGGUAUAUCGCACAACAUCAUGCACUGGAAGGUCUUUCUCACUUGAUGCGGUCCGGAGAUGUGUCGGAGCGCCAGAGUUUGCUCAGCAGUAUGUUGCAGGAGGAUAUUGUGGGCCUGUGCUUACGGAAUCUGCAACAUCGGUUGUGGCUCAUGCGCCAGCUAGCCGUCAACACUUUGCAAACCCUUGCAUCGGACUCUUUUCUAGCAGCCAAUGUCCCGGCUUCCACCGCUGCCGACGUCAUAGAAGGAGUCUGUCUCUACACGCUUGACGGACCUGGAUUUGCGAUCUCCCAGAUGAACGACCCGGAGACAACGUGGCAAAGUCAAAUGUUCAUGGACAAAGAAGACGUGAGUGCCGCAAAUAUCUCCAGCAGGUAUUGCCAAAGACUCUAUGAGUUGACUCGGGGUAGUGCCAUGUGUACAGCACAUGACCUCCUUUCCACACACCCUCCUCCGACACAGGAGUACUGUUAUGGUAUUCUCGGGAGGAAACCGGAUAUCGUCGACCUUCUCCUGGAUUGUGCGAUCCUCGACCGACAACCAUGCUACCCCGAAAGCCGGACGAGCUCGAUAGCUUGCGAAGUGUUGUCUUUGCUGUUUCAAUGGCCUAGGCACAUAGUACCCGGUGUUGUAACGCCGAUGGACAAGGCAUUCAGAUUGCAGGAGUGGAAAUCCAUGUUACGGUCACUGUCGAUCCUGACAUCUUGUCAGGACUGGGUGGAAAAGCUUACUGAGGUAUGGAUGCGUCUCCAAGAGGAGGAUCUGAUAGAACUUCAGAGGCAAGGACUCAUUAUCGUGGUAAGUUACUUCACACAAUCAACCCAUACACUGGAUUCACAAUUCUUUUAUCCCACAGGAACGUCUCGGAUCAGCAUACUCCGGGUGAUCACCACACUCACGUAUGCGGCUGAAUCAUGUGGUGUCACCAAUGUGCAGGUUGAGUCUCUCCUCCACGUCGCCUAUGUGGCUUCUCGAACCGUCAAACCCGUCGGAGAAUGCGUCGCCGGGAGGGACAUGCUUGACUCUUUAGAAAACAGACACGAGAUCUUCCGCCCGCCUACAAUCUACUUUGCAGAUGUGGCUAAAGAGCCUGCAGUGGUAGGUCCCGAAAGCAUCCUGGGGCCCACCGCUCUCGUUCGCUUGCUAGUCAUUCUCGCUCAGCGUAAAGCGCUGGAUGGUAUCCAGAAGCUGCACAAAGCACCAAUUGGGCUCUCCCCCUCAACGUCUCUUGAUCAUAUCCGGCAAAUCACACACCCAGAAAUCAUCCACAGGGUCAUCACGAUGGCUCAGGCGCGUCUUCGUGCUCGACUAGACAAGGGUCGCCAGCGAGUAGCAAUAAGCAAAACCGACGCCGAUUAUCACUACUCCUGCGCCGCAUUUACGAGCGCGGCUGAGCUUGCCACGGCUCUGGUUUCGUUGGACGUGCAUACAGAUGGGGCGUACAGGGAAGACAUACGCGGCGCGAGGAAGCAGCUUGUUAUUUCUUUGGGGAACGCGGCGCAGAUGACGCUCAACAUAAGGCGAUAUCAGCGGGCACUCCACUAUGCUCUGGGUGCCGUUAGCGCUGCGGAAAACAUCCCAGAGGAUGAAGAACUGGACCCAGAGAUUACGGAGAAAAAUAAACGACGAAUUGACCAAGCUCACUCGGGGCUACAGUGUAACCGGUAA